AGAGACACCUGGCGGUACACUCAAUCACUCACUGCGACCCACUAAGCUCUGGUAGGACACUAAACACGAGUACAAGAAACACUGCUACAGACAAGUGAACAUCAACAUGCGGGGAAUAUCUUGCCUUGUUGCAGUUAUCUUAGUAGCUGGCUGCUACGGGUGUGAUCCAGGCUGGGUAGACAUCGAAGGAUCAUGUUACAUGUUCCACAUGUCGACGGCGAUGCCGUGGAGCGACGCUCGCGCCUUCUGCCAAGAAUCUGGAGCUGAUCUGGCUAAGGUGAUCGACUCUAACGUCCACAGGGCCUUCUGGGAGUACAUCCAUACCUACGGCUUGAGUGGUUCAUUCUGGCUGGGAGCUUCUGACGAGGCCGUGGAGGGCGACUGGCUGUGGGUAUUUGACAACACCAGGGUGGAGAAGGGCACCAACUACUGGGCACUCCGCACUACUGUCCUCGGAGGCUACCAGCUGGAGCCCUCUGGCGGGUCCCAGGAGAACUGUCUGGCAUUGGAUGAGGGGCGUAAGCACUACUUCAACGACGCAGCCUGUGAGACUUCCUACCACCCCAUCUGUAUGAAGUAACACCUGCAACCUGAUGUAACACCUGCAUUCUAAUGUAAUACCUGCAACCUGAUGUAACACUUGCAUCCCGAUGUAACAUCUGUAUCCUGAUGAAACACCUCCAUCCUGAUGUAACACCUGUAUCCUGGUGUAACACACUUUGAUAAUAUAUAAAAAUGAAAAUAAAAAACUUUCUCAUACAA